GCCGUCGCCGCCCAAGCCGCACCGCGCCAAGAGGGGCGGCAAGCGGCGCCAGAUGUCCGUGAGCAGCUCGGAAGAAGAGGGUGUGUCCACGCCGGAGUACACGAGCUGCGAGGACGUGGAGUUGGAGAGCGAGAGCGUCAGCGAGAAGGGUGACUUGGAUUAUUACUGGCUGGAUCCCGCCACGUGGCAUAGCCGAGAAACAUCGCCUAUUAGCUCGCAUCCUGUAACGUGGCAGCCUUCUAAAGAAGGGGAUCGAUUAAUUGGACGUGUUAUUCUUAACAAGAGAACAACCAUGCCCAAAGAAUCAGGUGCAUUACUGGGUCUGAAAGUUGUUGGAGGAAAAAUGACUGACUUAGGACGCCUCGGUGCCUUCAUCACCAAAGUAAAGAAGGGUAGCCUUGCAGAUGUGGUUGGACACUUGAGAGCAGGGGAUGAAGUUCUAGAAUGGAAUGGUAAACCCCUGCCGGGAGCUACAAAUGAAGAAGUUUACAACAUUAUUUUAGAAUCAAAAUCAGAACCUCAAGUUGAAAUUAUUGUUUCAAGGCCUAUUGGUGACAUUCCAAGGAUUCCUGAGAGCUCCCAUCCACCACUGGAGUCCAGUUCUAGUUCCUUUGAGUCUCAGAAGAUGGAAAGGCCUUCCAUUUCUGUAAUUUCUCCCACAAGCCCUGGAGCUCUCAAAGAUGCCCCACAAGUAUUACCAGGACAACUUUCUGUGAAGCUGUGGUAUGACAAGGUGGGCCACCAACUGAUUGUCAAUGUUCUGCAAGCUACAGACCUACCCCCUAGAGUAGAUGGGCGUCCCAGGAAUCCCUAUGUAAAAAUGUAUUUUCUUCCAGAUAGAAGUGAUAAAAGUAAAAGGAGAACCAAAACGGUAAAGAAAGUCCUAGAACCAAAGUGGAAUCAGACUUUUGUCUAUUCGCACGUGCAUCGUAGAGAUUUUAGAGAACGGAUGCUGGAAAUAACAGUGUGGGACCAGCCCAGGGUGCAGGAAGAGGAGAGUGAGUUCCUUGGAGAGAUCCUCAUAGAGUUGGAAACAGCGCUUCUAGACGACGAGCCACAUUGGUAUAAACUUCAGACUCAUGACGAAUCUUCACUACCUCUGCCUCAGCCAUCGCCCUUCAUGCCGCGGCGACACACCCACGGCGAAAGCGCCAGCAAGAAGCUGCAAAGGUCCCAGCGAAUCAGUGACAGUGACAUGUCAGACUAUGAGGUUGAUGAUGCGAUUGGAGUGGUCCCUCCAGGUUAUAGGUCUAGCGCUCGAGAAAGCAAACCUUCAACAUUAACCGUGCCAGAGCAGCAGAGAACAACUCAUCACCGCUCGCGGUCGGUGUCUCCUCAUCGCGGCGAUGACCAGGGGAGGCCACGGUCACGGUUACCAAAUGUGCCACUACAGAGGAGUUUAGAUGAAAUUCAUCCAACAAGAAGAUCACGUUCUCCAACCAGACACCGUGAUGCCUCCCGAAGCCCAAUUGAUCAGAGAAUCAGAGAUGUGGAUAGUCAGUGUUUAUCAGAACAAGACAGCGAGCUUCUCAUGCUUCCCAGAGCAAAACGAGGACGGAGCGCAGAAUGCCUGCACACCACCAGUGACCUGCAGCCCUCCCUUGACAGGGCGAGGAGUGCUAGUACCAACUGCUUGAGACCAGAUGCUAGUUUGCAUUCACCAGAACGAGAAAGGCACUCCAGAAAGUCUGAAAGAUCUAGCAUCCAAAACCAGACUAGGAAAGGCACUGCCUCUGACGCAGAAAGGGUUCUCCCACCAUGUCUUUCUAGAAGGGGAUACGCAGCCGCGAGAGCGACUGAUCAGCCAGUCCUUAGGGGGAAACAUCCCGCUCGCUCCCGCUCGAGCGAGCACCCUAGUGUCAGAACACUGUGCUCUAUGCACCACCUUGCCCCCGGAGGCUCCGCGCCACCUUCUCCGCUCCUGACAAGGACGCACCGGCAGGCGAGCCCCACCCGGUCCCCGCCCGCGGACGCCGCCUUCAGCAGCCGCCGGGGCAGGCAGCUCCCGCAGGUGCCCGUGCGAAGCGGCAGCAUAGAACAAGAACAAGAAAAAUAUAACUCAUCCACAAAAGCAAGCUUAGUAGUGGAGGAGCGAACGAGACAGAUGAAAAUGAAAGUGCAUCGAUUUAAGCAGACAACAGGGUCUGGUUCUAGUCAAGAACUUGAUCGCGAGCAAUAUUCCAAGUAUAACGUACACACAGAUCAGUACAGAAGCUGCGACAACGUCUCCGCCCGGUCCUCAGACAGCGACCUCAGCGACGUGUCUGCCGUGUCCCGAACCAGCAGCGCCUCCCGCCUCAGCAGCACCAGCUUCCUGUCCGAGCAGUCUGAGCGGCCUCGGGGCAGGAUCAGUUCAUUUACCCCUAAAAUGCAAGGCAGACGGAUGGGGACUUCCGGAAGAGCCAUCACCAAGAGCACAAGCAUGAGCGGGGAGAUGUACACACUGGAGCAUAAUGAUGGCAGCCAGUCGGACACAGCUGUGGGCACCGUCGGAGCAGGUGGGAAGAAGAGGAGGUCCAGCCUGAGUGCCAAAGUGGUUGCCAUAGUGUCUCGAAGGAGCAGAAGCACGUCCCAGCUGAGCCAAACAGAGUCAGGCCACAAGAAGUUGAAAAGCACCAUCCAGAGAAGCACAGAGACGGGGAUGGCAGCUGAGAUGAGGAAGAUGGUGAGGCAGCCAAGCCGGGAGUCCACAGAUGGCAGCAUCAACAGCUACAGCUCCGAGGGAAAUUUAAUAUUUCCUGGAGUGAGACUAGGCGCAGAUAGUCAAUUCAGUGAUUUUCUUGAUGGAUUGGGACCAGCCCAGCUUGUUGGCCGCCAGACCCUUGCUACCCCUGCAAUGGGUGACAUACAGAUUGGAAUGGAGGAUAAAAAGGGCCAGUUAGAAGUUGAAGUGAUUAGAGCACGAAGCCUCACGCAGAAACCCGGCUCCAAAUCCACACCUGCUCCUUAUGUCAAAGUGUAUCUUUUGGAGAAUGGGGCCUGCAUAGCCAAGAAGAAGACAAGAAUUGCACGAAAGACCCUUGACCCUUUGUAUCAACAGUCCCUGGUUUUUGAUGAAAGUCCACAGGGUAAAGUCCUUCAGGUGAUUGUCUGGGGGGACUACGGCAGGAUGGACCACAAAUGCUUCAUGGGGGUGGCUCAGAUCUUGUUGGAGGAACUUGAUCUUUCCAGCAUGGUCAUCGGCUGGUACAAGCUGUUCCCACCAUCAUCACUGGUUGACCCCACGCUCACCCCUCUCACCCGCCGGGCUUCCCAGUCAUCUCUAGAAAGUUCCACUGGGCCCCCCUGCAUCCGGUCCUAAUGAACUCACACCAGUAAGACUCUACCUUCAGGAUAGUAAUCUGAACCAGAUAUUUCAUGAGCAUUGUUGGAGACAGACAAUCAACCUGUGUUUUGCCUGUAGUCAUUUUUCAAUAAUAUGUCCCAAUCGUUGUUUAAAAACCUGGCUUCACAUGACAGAACAAGGCAGUCUAUCAAAUACAGGAAGAGUCAACGUGCUAGAGAAUCACUGAUGCUUCUAACAAAUGAAAGAGAGGAAACUGCAAAUUCACACACACGCGCGCACAUGCACACACCUAACUGAACAAACUGGAAAUUGUCACUCUUGUGAAAAGCUGUAUUUUAUGUGUUUUUUGCACAAACCACAAGGAGUGUUAUUUCCCCGGUGUUUAAGUUUUCUUUGUGUGUUAUUUGUUGAUUUCAGUUGAUUUCCUCUUUGUUUUGAUUUGAUUCAGUUUUCACUGCAUUUGUUGUUUCUACUCGUUUUCAGCUGUGUCAUGACAGGGCUCGUGAUGUUUACAGAGACCCUUCCUUUCUUUUUCCAAAAGCACCAAAAAAAAAAGGGCUGAAGCAGUCUCUGUAGCAUCUCUGCAGAGUGUGCACCAUGAGACAAAGUGAGGCCAAUGCAGGGCUUCACUGACUUUUGCUUUAUGAUUCUUCAAGUUCUUAUGUGUAGAAACCCAGAAAAUGAAAGUUAUCUUCCAAAAACAAAUAAUCACAGAAUCACUUUUUUGAAUGGAGCUCAUGUCUGUUUGUGUUCUAAAACAUUAAUUUAUGUUUUCCAUUGUUUUGCAUGGAAGACCUUUACAGAACUGAGUCUGCAGCGAAUGCUGGGAACUAACCUAAAUGCAUUGUUGUACCUUGGAAACACUCCUUGUUAUGCCUUUUCCUUCCUGACAUCCAAAAUAAAAGCAAGUAUAUGCUCAUGUGUACAAACCAUAUGUUUGACUUCCCAAAAUGGUGACUAGACAUGGAGUUGAGCCUCAGACACUUUGAAUGAUGCCCAGGCUCCUUGGCCACAUCUCAGUGUAGACUUAGUACCAGUCCUGGCAAGAACAUUGUAUGGGCUAUUAAUAUUCCACUGGAAAUUUCAUUUGAAAUAUUCCACACUAAACUAAUGAUUUUUAUCAAAUUUUAGUUUACAUUUCUUUGAAAUUGAUGCAAGCACAAUGCUUGUUUUUUUAACACAAAGUAUCUUACCUUGGGGUGGGGGAAAUAAAACAAAGUCCAGUUCAAUUUGCAUUUUCUUCAUCUGAGUUUUUCUUGGCCUUGAAUUCCCUUGUGACCUUCUGUAUCUGUGCUAACAACUGCAGACUCUGCAGGUGCGUAAAGACCUUGUCCCUCCUUUUAUGAGUCCCUCCACUUUUGUGACUCCACAAAUAGAGCAGCAUGACUUGGAACUGUUCAAAGCUGCAUGCACGUUUUAUUUAAAAAAAAAAAAAAGGAUAAAGAAAAAAAAGAAAGGAAAAAAGAAAAGAAACAAAAGGUUAUUUAAUAAUGUAUGUUAGUUCCACAUAGGCCAGCCUGUAUGUUGCAUGUACUUGUACAGUUUGCUUGUUAAUUAAUCUACUGAAAUAACCAAGAAAUCUAAGCCAUCCAUUUUUGUUACAGACAUUUUGCAAGUUUUAGCCAGACUCCGUCUGUGAGUCUGAGGUGAAAUGUCUAUAGAUGGACUUUAUUUUUUACCCUCUGGAAAACGUGAUGUAGUAUGGACCAAAUUCCUUCUAAUAAAUAUUUUGGUGUAGAUUCCUCCUGUGGGGCUGUAACACAUGUAGACACUGUGUAACAUAGGUUUUAAUCCAUAGACAUACUGCCUGCACCAAGUGAAUUAUUUAUUAUUUACACACGCCAGAAUGACCUGCCCACUGUUCCCAGGGCACAGAUUGACCAUGGGUCACCAUGCUGAGCAGGAAGGACUGAAGCAUUGGUGUACUUCUGCUAGAUACCGUUCUGUCUUAGUGGCCAAUGAUCAACUGAUUCUAAUUGGGUAGUAUCUUUCUAUUUGACCACUUGUCUUAACACUUCCCUGUGCUUUUAAAUGAACUUCCAACUCAUGUAUGUAAACAUGUUUAAUAAAAUUUACUUUUCAUGUCAGUC